GCGCCUCUCUGGAAACCAGAUCUCCAGGAUCCCAGGGGAAGCUUUCUCUGGCCUCUACAGCCUGAAGAUUCUGAUGCUGCAGAACAAUCAGCUGAGUCGCAUCCCUGCAGAGGCACUGAGAGAUCUUCCAAACCUCCAAUCUCUACGCCUGGAUGCGAACCUUAUCUCCGUGGUGCCCGAGAAGAGCUUUGAGGGGCUGCUCUCGCUGCGUCACCUGUGGCUGGACGAUAACGCCCUGACCGAGAUCCCUGUCCAAGCUCUGAACCACCUGCCGGCGCUGCAAGCCAUGACCCUGGCCCUCAACCAGAUCUGGCACAUCCCCGAUUACGCCUUCCAGAACCUCAGCAGCCUCGUGGUGCUGCACCUGCACAACAACCGGAUCCAAAGCCUGGGAGCCAACGGGUUUGAUGGGCUGCACAACUUGGAAACCCUGGAUCUAAACUACAAUGAGCUGCUGGAAUUCCCUGGGGCUAUCAGGACGCUGGGCCGACUGCAGGAGCUCGGUUUUCAUAACAACAACAUCAAAGCUAUUCCAGAGAACGCAUUUGCUGGGAAUCCCCUGCUCCAAACAAUCCAUUUUUAUGACAAUCCCAUCCAGUUUGUUGGACAGUCUGCUUUCCAGUACUUGCCAAAGCUCCACACUCUGUCACUCAAUGGUGCAACGGACAUCAGAGAAUUCCCAGACCUUAAAGGCACCACCAGCCUAGAAGUUUUGACUUUGACCCGAGCAGGCAUCCGUUUACUGCCCAGAGGGAUGUGCCAGCAGCUGCCCAGCCUCCGAAUCCUAGAACUGUCACACAAUCAAAUUGAAGAUCUGCCCAGUUUUCACCGGUGUCAGCGCCUGGAGGAGCUUGGUCUCCAGCACAACAGGAUCCAUGAGAUCAGAGCAGACACCUUUGUGCAGCUGAUGGCCCUGCGCUCCAUAGACCUCAGCUGGAAUUACAUCCAGUUUAUUCACCCUGAAGCCUUUGUGACCCUGCACUCACUCACCAAGCUGGACCUGACUGAUAACCAGCUGGUCACGCUGCCUCUCGAUGGUUUGGGUGGACUGACCCAUCUGAAGCUCCAAGGCAACCCAGCGCUCUCCGAGCCCUUCACCAAGGAGAGCUUCCCCAAAAUGAGAGUCCUUGAGGUACCUUAUGCCUACCAGUGCUGUGCCUAUGGAAGCUGUAGCAGCCUCUUCAAGAUGUCCAGCCAAUGGGAGGAGGCAGAAGACUUGAGCCCUGAGGAGGAGGAUCCCCACAAGAGGACCAUGGAAUUGUUUCCAGGUCAUGCUGACAACCACUAUGACCUAGAUGUGGAUGACCUCCAGCUGGACCUUGAGGAAUCAAAGCUGCACCCCACUAUUCAGUGCACGCCAAGCCCCGGUCCCUUCAAGCCUUGCGAUCAUUUGUUUGAGAGCUGGAUCAUCCGCCUCGGUAUCUGGGUCAUCGUUCUGGUCUCGGUGCUCUGCAAUGGGCUGGUCAUCCUGGCUGUCUUUGCCUCUCCCAGCUACCUCUCUCCAGUGAAGUUCAUCAUCGGCUCCAUCGCUGGAGCCAACAUGCUGACCGGCAUUUACUGCAGCAUGCUGGCUCUCGUCGACGCCCUGACCUACGGCCAGUUCGCCAAAUACGGUGCCAGAUGGGAGAUGGGUGCAGGCUGCAGAGUGACAGGAUUCCUGUCGGUGUUUGCCUCUGAGGCCACCAUCUUUCUUCUGACGUUGGCUGCCGUGCAGUGCAGCAUUUCAGUCUCCUGCUUGCGGAGCUAUGGAAAGUCACCUUCCUUAGGCAAGAUCAAGGCUGCUGCAUUUUGCUGCCUGUUAUUGUCCUCCGUGGCCGCCGUUCUGCCUCUCUUCUCCAUCGGGGAAUAUGGAGCAUCCCCUCUUUGCCUCCCGUAUCCCAUCCCAGAUGGGAAAUCCACCACCCUGGGCUUCACUGUGGCCUUGGUGAUGACAAACAUGCUCUGUUUCCUGACUAUCACAGCCACCUACAUCCGACUCUACUGCAACCUGCUGAAGGGGGAGUUCAGCGCGGUCUGGGACUGUGCCAUGGUCAAGCAUGUGGCCUGGCUGAUCUUCACCAACUGCCUACUCUACUGCCCAGUAGCCUUCCUCACCUUCUCCUCCACACUAAACCUCUUCCUCAUCACCCCAGAGGUCAUCAAAUCUGUCCUCCUUGUGGUCCUGCCCCUGCCCGCCUGCCUGAACCCCUUGCUCUACCUGCUUUUCAACCCCCACUUCAGAGAUGACCUCCGCCUGCUGAGGCAGAAGGGCCAGGAAAAGGGGAGCUACAGUCAGUCCUGUGGGGCCGAUGACAUGGAAAAAAGCUCCUAUGACUCCACCCAGGCUCUGGUGAGCUUCUCCGACAUUGACCACAUAUUUGAGACACCUGAUUCCCUGGGAGUGCACCCCGUCCUUGACCGCUACAGCUUCCCCUCCAUGACGCUCAUUCCCUGCCAGCAAAGGGCAGGCACCAGGGGGAAGGAGAGGGGAUUCUCAGAGCAUUGUCCCUGCCUCAGUGACAGUGAGGUGCUGAUCACUUCAGAGAGCCGAGAUCUGGCCAGCAGCAGCCUUCGGAUAACCUUCUUCCCCUCCUCGCCCACACCACGCUACACAUCUCAUUUAUAA